AUGUUCUCGACGAUGGCAUGGACACCCGAGAACCUCAAGUUUGUACGUGUUGCAUGCGUCACCCUCGAGGUUCUCAUCUCAUACGACAUUGGCUUUGAGUAUCUCAAGGACAACAAGACCAUCGUGCAGAUAUCAGAGAUGCUCAAGCUCGAGUUGGAGAUUCACCAAAAUGCCGCCAAGGCUGGUACGCCCGUACCUCAAGGCUCCCACGAUACCAAGGGUGGUCGUUUACUCUCGCCUGAAAAGGUCCUCAAGACCAUGGCUAGAGAAUACUUUACCAUGUUGGGUACACUCAGCAGCAAUCUCUUGGGUCUCGAGAUUAUGAGUCGUAAUCAUAUCUUUGACUAUAUCAAACCACUGGCCGAACUCCCAGGAAGAGAUGAUUUGUCGCAUCUCAUCAUGACAUCGCUCGACUAUAACGUGCCAGGUGCCAGUCGACACAUCCUCCAAAAGAUUCUCACCUCCAACUCGAGAGUCGUACGUUAUCUUGCCACCAAGUACAUGCGUUACUUGUUGCGUUCGGGUGCACACGACUUUUCAAACUGGGGUGUCGAGUUGCUUGUUGCACAACUCAACGAUCCCGAUACCAAAGUGUCACAGUUGGCGUUGAAUGUAUUGGACGAGGCGUGUGACGAUCCAAACGGGCUUGACUCGUUGAUCCACCUCCAACCACCUCUUCUCAAGCUCGGAAAGAAUGGAAAGAGUUUAAUGUUACGUUUCCUCUCGCGAAAGAGUGGACUAGACUAUUUGUUGGGCACCAGCUUUGUCGAGCAAGAGGAAAAGCUCUGGUUGUCUGGUGAAAAUGCCAACUAUGUCAUUCAAGUCGAGGGUGCCAUCUCAGAGGCAUUGACUCCACUGAUUUGGCGUCAACGUGAAGCACCAGACCAAGGCAACAACGGUGUCUACCUCCCACCACAUUUCUACGGUGAAUUGGCCAAGACCGAGGAAGGAUGUGAUAUUUUAAAGCGUAGCAAUAGUUUCCCAACCUUUGUCAAGAUUGCUACCGAUCAACGUGCCAAUCCACUUGAGCGUCGUGCUGCCAUCUUUGCAAUUGGUCAAAUUGGAUCGUCGCAAGCUGGUUUCCGUUUUCUCGAAGACCAUAAUGUCGUCCCAUUGAUUGUAGAGAUGGCUGAAAAGGCAACUUGUCUCUCGCUUCGUGGCACUUGUUUCUACGCACUCGGUAUGAUCAGUUGUAUCGAACGUGCCAACGAAAUUCUAUCCAAAUGCGGAUGGGAGUCUCCAUCAGACUUGACAUCUCGUAUCUCUGUACCAAAAGACUUGCAAAAGAGUACAUUCCUCAAAAUCACACCCUAUGACUUUAAGGGAUCUUGGGCUGGCAAUGCAGUAGAUCCCCUUCAAUCACUAUUGGACAAUGCCAUCAAACAAGAGAUUGUCACCUUUGUCGGUAACUUGGCAUCACACAUCACUGCCGAGACUGCUUCAAAGAACCUCAAACGUCUCAAGUUGAAACACCCAGAUUUGUUUGCCUCUGGAGACAUGUUGUUUAUGGCAUUCUCGCUAUUGGAUCAUUACAAGUAUCGUCUUAUCACUCGUCGGUUUAUCUAUGAUUGUUUCGAUACUGCCAUCUUUUCUUCUGAUCCUUUUGAAAAUACAAACGUGACGUAUGAUGAAUGUUUAUCAAUGAGUUCUUCGAAUGAUGCAUUUUAA